CAUUGCAUGCCAUUACCCUUUAUUGCAAUUUAAAUUUUCAUUUCAUUUCAUUUUGUUUCAUUUCCACAACCCCUAAACCAGAGUUCUCUUCUCUUUCUUAAGAAUCAAUGUCAUCCAUAAUAAUAACAAUAAUAAAAUUCCAUUAACAAAGCAAUAUAUAUACCUCUCUCCCUUCCAUCAUUUUUUUACACCCCAAAUCACUUACUAAUAUAUUUCAGCAACUCAAUCUGAGAAAAGACGGCCCUCAAAAAUCUUCUAGUAUUGCUCCAAGCAAAGAAAAACUCAAGAGAGGGGGGGGAUCAUUUCUCUCUCUUUUCCCAUCAAUCUCAUCAGAUCAUCCACACUUUCCCUCAUAUCUAACAACUACAAAUCAUUAAAACUACUAUUUCAACUCCAAAAUCUUCUUCUGUUUAGCUGCCUAGCUCUCCUCACAAAUGGAAAUUGUGUCUAAUAUAAAUCAAUAGUCGGCAAGGUCUUCCAGUCUUCCUUCCUGGUUAAAGCAAAGCACUUCUGUUUUUUUUUUUUUUUACUUUGGGUUUUCUUCUUGACGGUGUUGUUUCAUAUCAACAGUUCUAUCUGCCAGAGAAAAGAGUAGAGACUAAAUUAUGUAUGUAAAACUAAGUUUUUUUUUGGUUCCUUGAUUCAUUUUUUACAGUUUCUUCGUCUUUAAUCUCUCCUUUUCUUGUUAGGUCUAUGUUACACUGUCUUAUGGUCACUGAAAAAGUGUUUUUUAUAAAGGAAAGAUGAAACCCUAGGUACUUAAGAUCUUAAGAAAUAAGAUCAAACCUACCACAGCGAAGACCAACACAUCUUUUUGCUUAUAUAUUUGGAACAAGACCUAUUGAAAGCUGUGUUUGGUCUCCAUGGAUUCAAUUCGAGAAACCGAUAGCUCCAACUCCGAAAAUGUCAGCCUCAUCAAUGUGAGCAAUAACGGUGGCACUUCACUUCCAUCCUCGUCUUCUUCUCCAACCGCAAGCCGCUACGAGAACCAAAAGCGCCGUGACUGGAACACCUUUGGUCAGUACCUGAAGAAUCAUAGGCCCCCACUUUCCCUCUCCAGGUGCAGUGGAGCUCACGUCCUAGAAUUCCUUCGCUACCUUGACCAAUUCGGCAAAACCAAAGUCCACACUCCAAUCUGCCCUUUCUAUGGCCACCCAAACCCACCAGCCCCUUGCCCUUGCCCGCUCCGUCAAGCCUGGGGUAGCCUCGAUGCUCUCAUCGGCCGCCUCCGAGCUGCCUUCGAAGAAAAUGGAGGCAAACCUGAAGUAAACCCUUUUGGGGCACGAGCUGUGAGGCUUUACCUUCGUGAAGUUCGUGAUUUGCAGUCAAAAGCAAGAGGGAUUAGUUAUGAGAAGAAGAAGCGUAAGCGACCACCAACUCAACAGAUCCCGACUCUACCAAUGCCGCCGCCACCACCACCAGGUGCAAGUUAAACUAUAAAAAGAAGCGUAAGCGACCACCAGCUCAACAGAUCCCGACUCUACCAUUGCCGCCACCACCACCACCAGGUGCAAGUUAAACUAUAUAUAUGCAUCACCAAAACAAAACAAAACAAAACCCCAUAUGCAAGCUAGCAUUUCACUCUAUUUAAUACUACAUAUAUGGGAUAAUUUUCUGUACUUUGGCCAUAAGGUAUCAUAUUGAGGCAUGGGUAUAUAUUUUAGGGUAAAUUUUUUUUUUUUUUUACUUUUUCUAUGCUUCCUCUUUGCUGCUAGAGUGGUAAAAACUGGUAAUGUCUUUGUGAUUUUUGGGGAUUCCUUGAAACUACUUUUGAUGCAAACAGUGUUAGUAUCAUCAGUAAUGAACUAUUAGUAGCACUAGUACUAAAAGAAAAAAGUCAUUCAAGAAGUGAUUGUACUAUCAGUUUGUUGCUUAAAUGGAAUUGAGAGCAUCUAAUUGCUCAGUUUUUA